GAGAGAAAUUCCUUGUCUCUGGUUGACAACCAACGUCAAAACCUUCUAGCACAGAACAUACCCCCAGGGGGAUAUUUUGUGCUUUCUAGCCUUCUAGGUUAACUCUAGUGGGUGCUUGGCUUUAUGUUUUCCUUCCCAGAGUAUAUUCAAGUGUAAGAAAACCUUCUUAAACUAGCUGUGAAGUUGUGGGCCUACCAUGGCCACCUCUAAAACCACCAACACCUACAACAGGCAAAACUGGGAGGACGCUGACUUUCCCAUUUUGUGCCAAACCUGCCUGGGGGACAACCCGUACAUUCGCAUGACUAAGGAGAAGUACGGCAAGGAAUGCAAAAUCUGCUCCAGGCCCUUCACAGUGUUCAGGUGGUGUCCAGGCGCUAGAAUGCGGUUCAAGAAAACGGAGGUCUGCCAGACGUGCAGCAAGUUGAAAAACGUCUGCCAAACCUGUUUGUUGGAUCUAGAAUAUGGGCUGCCCAUCCAAGUGCGAGACGCCGCCCUUAAGCUGAAGGACGACCUGCCGAAAAGCGAUGUCAACAAGGAGUUUUACAUCCAGAACAUGGAGAGAGACCUGGCCAGAUCGGACGCCAGUUCCAUGAACGCCAAGCUGAAUGAGCCAAAUGAUUUGCUCAUCCGGCUUGCCAGAACUGCGCCCUACUACAAGAGAAAUCGCCCGCAUGUCUGCUCCUUUUGGGUGAAGGGAGAGUGCCGCAGGGGCGAAGAAUGUCCCUACAGACACGAAAAACCCACUGACCCAGAUGACCCAUUGGCUGACCAGAACAUCAAAGAUCGCUAUUACGGUGUGAACGACCCCGUAGCCGAUAAGCUGCUGAAAAGGGCUGCAGCGAUGCCCACUUUGGAGCCGCCCGAUGACAAAACCAUCACCACCCUAUACUUGGGUAACUUGGGCGUGCUGACAGAAGGGGAUAUCAGGGAUCAUUUCUACCAGUAUGGGGAAAUUCGGUCCGUCAGCUUGGUGCCCAAACAACAAUGCGCCUUUGUACAGUUCACCACUCGAUCUGCCGCUGAAACUGCCGCUGAGAAGACUUUUAACAAGCUGAUUCUAGGCGGAAGGAGGCUCACGAUUAAAUGGGGAAGGUCUCAAGGACGCACAGGAUCGUCCCAACAACACGUCGAAGAAAUUUACCCGGCCGUUCCAGGCCUACCAGGGGCAUUACCCGAGUUAAGCAACAACUUCUUCAACUUGGAACCCGGCCACAUUCCGCUGCCCGCCAUGCCGCCGCCGCCCUCCCUUAUGGUGCCGCCCAUGUUCGGCCCGCCUCCGCUGCCACCCUUUUUGUUCAACCACGGCCCGCCCCAACUGCCUCCAUUUGCGCCUUCGGUAGUCAGCAGCGCAGCUUCCACAGCAACUGCCGCCCUGGGCGACCUCAGCGUGCCGCCGCCGAAAACUACUGUACAUUACCCGAGCCAAGACCCGGCCCGAAUGGGCGCCACUCAGAUAACUGGACAGAAGCAAGAGUAAUCUUAAGUGUAUUUAGGUUGUAGGUAUAGAAAACCAGUUAAUUUGGUCGAUUUCCUGAAUAAAGUUUUUUUUGGGGA